UGGAUGAAGUCUGAAGUGAAAUUGCUUCUAUGAAGAUCUUUUCAUCAUGUCCUCGGCCCAAACGUAUAAGGGAACACUCGUCUAAGAAAUAUUUGAAAAAACUUCUUGUGACACACAUCAGGGUUUCUUAAGCUUCAAGGAGGAUAAAAAACUAAAAUGAAAGUAGUUAUUCUGGCUGCUGGUUAUGGAACAAGACUGCUUCGAGAUCUGCAAAAUGAAGAACAGUUUGCACAUCUGGUUGGCACCCCAAAACCUUUGCUUCCCAUUGGAGGACUUCCACUGAUUUCAUAUUGGGUAGAAGCUUUGAAAGCAAGAAAUGAUGUUUCACAUCUCGUAGUGAUUACUAAUGAUCGUUACUUAAAUAAUUUCAAGGACUGGGCACAGAAAUAUCCUUACAUUACAGUCCUAACUGAUGGGACAUCCUGCAAUGAGGAUCGUUUAGGUGCUGUCACUUGCCUGCAGCUAGCCAUUGAACAACUAAAUGCAGAUGAUCAUGUUAUGGUGAUUGGAGGGGAUACGUUGUUUUUUGAAGAUUUCCAUCUUAAUGAGGUUGUACAAAAAUUUGAAAUUAUUACCAAUGCCGAAAGUAAUGCGAACUUGGUACUAACAUACCCUUGUAAAGAUGAAGAAACCAAUAAGUAUGGCAUUCUGGAAACAGAUGAAAACCAGAAAGUAACAGCACUGAGGGAAAAGCCCUCUCCCAAAGAAACCGCAUCACGACAAGCGUGCCCUUGUUUCUAUGUGUUUUCGAAGUCCACACUACCUCUUGUACAAGAAUUCCUUGAAGAGAAAAAGAAUUCACCAAUUGAUGAGAAAGAUGCACCUGGUCACUUUUUAGCUUGGCUUGUGAAAAGACCUGUUUACAUUCACCCAAUAUCAGGCCGCUUUGAUGUUGGAAACCUGGAGGCAUACAUAACAUGCAACAAUUAUUUCUUGAAUAAAGAGAAUAUGUGUGGUUAUCUCCACUGACGGAUGCCCAUCUGUUUACAGAUUUAAGGUUCAUUUCAAAAGAUUACAAAUAAUUUGCCACCCACUAUAGCUAACCUUUGUAGACCAGCCAAACAUUUUAAAUAUUACAAUAUAUGGCUAUGCACAGUUGUUUCCAAUGAUUCUUAAUGAACCUUUCCAGCAUUCACUAGUAGCAGGGAGUAGCAAGUGAAGUGUCUAUUGUGAUGUAGCCAAUGCCACACUGUACAAGGGGCAGUAUUUGGCCUGGAAGUGUUCAAGGGUCCCAUACAUUUAGGUCAGUGGCACACAGAUGUUUUGUUGCUUGUAAGUAAUCAUGCUCCCUCUGGGUGACAUUAUGCCAGAAAUUACCAAUAAACUUAAAAGUGUUGAAAUCA